CAAAGAAAAUUGUUAAUGCCAUUUAGGGCUAAUUAAAAAAAAUUUUAAAAAUUAUUAGAAUAAAUUAUUACAAAUCGAAAAGAUUUCUUUUUAUUAUCCACAAAAUGCAAUCACAUCAGAGUUCUUUAUCACAAGAGAAUCAUAAAAAUAAUAUAUUAUGCCAUAAAAGGCGACCAUCAAUUGGAAAAUCUAUGCCUGUAACGGCUCUUCUACUUAAUUAUCCGCCACCAUCAAAAGGAUAUGAAACACUUGGUACAGAUGGUUUGUUACCAGAAGAACUUGAAAAACCACCCUUAUAUUUUAGAGUUCAUGAAUCGAAUAAUGAACUGACCGAUGAUAUUAAUCAAAAUUUCGAAGAUUUUGAUGAUACUAGCUACGAAUUUGUUAAUCAUAAUGAAAAAGUCGAUAAUAAUAAUGAUAAUUUAUUUGAAAUAAUUAAUCCAUCAUCA